CAGCGAAGCCAAGCUGUUUGCCUGAUCCAUCCGUCAUUGUUCAGCCGGCUUUUCCCACUUUGAAAGAGGGUUUGUGCCAUCAGGAAGUUAAAAGGAGUCAGGAGGGGGGAAAGGGGGAGUGUUUCUUUUAAAAAGAGAGUGAGAUUGGAGAGGAGGACACAGGCACUCCAAACCCUGUCUGUGCUUGGUAUAUUAGGCAGCCAGUGCUCUUGGCUGGGAGCCCAGACGAGGCUUUUGUAAUCAAAACAUGAUCUUGUAUGCUGUGCAACCAGUGCUGAGAAAGGCCGUCUGAUGGCUCUCCUCUUUUAGCUCUGCUCUGGAAUCCGCCGGGCUCCGCCGCCGAUGUCCAACAUGCACCGAGCUGAUGCUGCUGUGGAUGAUGCUGUGUUAAGGAAGAAAGAGCAGAAAGAUGUUGAACUUGAUAAGAAAAUCUUGGCUUUGCGGAAAAAGAAUGAAGCGCUGAUAAGGAGGUACCAGGAAAUAGAAGAGGACAAAAAGCGAGCAGAACAGGAGGGAAUGGCUGUUACUUCCAGGAGGCCCAAGCAGGAUGGACUCACUAUUACCAUCACCAAAGCUCACAACGACCUGAAAGAUGCAAUUACCCAGACUGAACACUAUGGACAAGAUAGCCCAGCCCUCUCGAUGGACAAAAGGGUGGUGAGUGAGAAAUGGAGAAGCCCCUGUCCUACAAACCCUGGGUUCAGCAUUGGCAGUGAGGAAGAGGAGGAGGAGGAGGAAGCAGAUCAUAUGUUCACAUUCAGGAUGGGGAAGAGGAUGCAGCUGGCUGUUACCAUGGACAACAAAGCAAAGGGCAAGAGGAUCGUCAGCGAGAAACGCGCCGAGAGCUUCCCCGGCCCGGGCCGAGCGCCGGACCUGAGCGAGGAGGAGAUGGACCAUUUGGUGGCUUUCCGACGGGGAAGGAGGAUGCAGAUUGCCAUCACCAUGGAUAACAAGGAAAAGGUAGAAGAGCGGAGAACAGCAGAGAAGAGGAGAUCAGACAGUGACAGAGGCCCAGAAACUGAGCACAGCCGGAAGGAUGGUGGGAAGCCAGUCCAGAAGAGCCCUGGAGAGCUGAGUUUCCCCAUGACUGGUCGGGAGCGCUCAGAGUACAUCCGCUGGAAGAGGGAGCGAGACCAGAUUGACCUGGAGCGCCUGGCACGUCACAAGAAUGCCAAGGGCGAGUGGAGAAGGGCUUGGGAUGUGGAGAAGUCGGAACACAUGUUUGAAGAGGACUUUGUUAAGGAUGGGGAGCCAGCCUUGGAUAAUCCCAGCAAUAAGAAAGGGGGAAGGAAUGCAAGGAAAUUCCAGCACAGGUCCUUUCCUUCGGAUGGGAGAGGUGGAGGACAUCAUGGAGUGAAUGUGAGCGACCCUGGUCCGAAAGCAGUGCCUGCUGUGAGCAGCCGAGCCAAGGGGAAGGACAGACUGACAGGCAGAGCCAGAAGAUGGGAUGCAAAAGAAGGCGAGGACAUGUCUCUUCUGAAGGAUGACCUUGAUGGCCAGAGGAGCCUUGGUGUGGACAGGCAGAAGAGCAGAGGUGACGAGGGGGUGGAAGAGAACUGCACAGCUGAGCUGGAGGAAAAGGGGAAACAGCCAAACCUCCAGGAUCACGGGGCCUCCUCCUCACAGCGGCUGCGAAGUGGGAAGGUCCAGCCUGCCCAGAAUGGCCAGAAGGAGGAGCGGAGGGGAGCGAGGGGCUGCAGCACAGAGGUGUCUGUGGCCAGCAUCGGGGACUCAGAGCCAGGGCCCAAGCCAAGCAAGGAAAGUGUUGGGGAAGAUGCCAACGGGAAGCCUGGCACUGCUGACAUCUCCCAGGAGAAGGAGGGCACUGACAGCACUGCUUCACAGAGCAGCCUUCAGAGCACUGUGCAAGGCACCAGGCCUGGCAGCGAGGAGACCUUGUCACUGCCUGUGGGAGCAAAUGGAGAUGGAGCUGGAUUGGAAAUACAGCCAGCUUUGGAACAGGAGUCCUCUGAGAACUCUUCCAACAGCCACGGAGGAGAGCUUGACACAGCAGCAGGAGACAGACUGGAUGCUGAUCAAGGACAGCUGGUGAGCCAAGGAGGGGAAGAAGUGACCCAAACCACUGCUCUUGAGGGACAGGCACUUGCACUGAAAGGAAGUGAAGAUGCUGAAGGCACUGAACACCACGAGCCUUCACCCCCAGGGAAAGCCAGCUCUGACAAGACUGUUGUGCCUGAGCAGGCACAACAGGACACAGCAAAAUCCCAGUCUGGGGAAGGGGACCAGCCUGAGGACUGCAAGGACAAGGACAGUGGGGACACUCACAACUAGCAGAUUGCAUCGGCUUGCCUGACACAUAAGGAUAACGUGCUGGAGGCGGUGGAGGAGAAGAGGAGCGCAAGCUUGUCCUCACUCUUUUACCUUCUAUGAAAUCAGCUUUCAGCACCUGCCCAGUGCCCUUCAGCACCAUUCACAACACGUGGGGUCCCCAUCACCACCCCCCUCACAGUUCUGGUAUCCCCCUUCCCUAUCCGUGUGUCAAAGGACAGGGAAGGGUGCACACACUCCCACCCUACAGAGAAAACACCAUCACUUAUCUGUUUGUUUGGCAUAUAUUGCAGCUGCGUGGCAAGCCAAGGAAAUGUCUACUGGAUGCACUUUAUUUUAUUUAAUGACUAAUUCUUUUUAAACUUAUGGCUUGGGUUUCUGGGCACACACCUCUUUUUUUCCCCAAAGGUUGGAGGCACGUGCCAGGGGCUGUGCCAGCAACUGGAACAGCAGGAAGAGGUGACUGGCAAAGCAGAGGGGUGAGGUGUUAGGGUGUAGUUCAGUAGCUGGGUGAAGAAGUUGUGUUCAGAGCUCUUGUACUAGAGGUUUGCACGUGGUUGAAGUGUUGGCAGAAGUGUAAGGUAGUGGCAGGGGCUGAGGGGAUGGACAGAUGGAUGGAAUGAGCGCUUCUGACAAGCACAGAUCAACCCCCACACCUCCUCCUUGAAGAGCCUCCAGCUUUCCUCCCAUUUUAGAGGCUGAGGAGCACAUCAGGACAGUGCUUUGUGCCAAGGAAGGUGGCUGCUGGGGUGACCAGGCGUGUGUGUAACUCAGCCAACUCUGUGCCCCAUUCCCAAGGGUAACUGGGCAUCCCUGCAGCACGGAAAGGAGGGGGACAGCACAAUAAUCUUCCUCCUUCACCACACUGCCCAAAGCAGUUGGCAGCAGGGCCCAGGCCAAACUGGAGCUGGAGGUCCAAGGCUUCGUAUUAAACAUUUUAACCUUCCUGGUUGUGCCUUCCAUAGCCUUGUGUUUGAAUAAGAGAGCAGGAAUCCUCUCUAAGCUGCCCUGCAGACCUUCUGACCUGGCCUUAAAGAUACCUUUCAAAUGGAGGAUCUGAAGGAGCUUUACCAGCACAAACAUGCAGGAAUUCCAGCUGCUUGGCUUUCCAGUUACAGCAAGCUAGGACCCAGCUGGAAUACAGCUACCAGUUAAGAAGGCACAAGGAAUAACACAACAUAAUUUCUGACUUCUGAAUGUCAGGGCAGUGCGGGCAUCACCCUCACUUCAAGGUGCUGCUCUAAAAUUUGAUGCCAGAGCAAGCAUCCCUGGGACAGGUAUGUGUGGAGACUGCUGGGAAUGUCCUGCAGGAUGUUGGCUGACCAGGCUGGCAGACUGCCCUGGAGAUCAGGUUGGCACGUGUGGACUGAAAUACUCUAUGCUGCUUUAAUAAACUAAUAUUUGCACAGACAAACAUUUGUUUUUCCACGUGACUUAGACCCGUGACACCUAUCAUGAAGCACAAGCCUGGGAAUUUCCUCCCUGUGCCAAAUUCAGGAGACUUUACUGGCAUAACACCAGGUAUUAUCAAGAAACGGAGCGUGCAGCUUUUGUGUUUUAUCAGUAGAAACAUCUCCACCCCACCAAAGCCCAGACUGGGUUUAUUUGGACUUACCCAAAAGAUAAAAGAACAGAUAAAUAGAAGAUUGUAAAACUGCUCCAGGUCCUGGAGCUUCUCCAUCACUGUUAAAGGCUGAUUUUCCUCAUCUGCCUGGCUCAAAAACCUGCUUGCAAUUGUUUAGUUUUUAAAUUUAUUAUUAUUUUGCAAAUCAGGUCUCUGACCUGACUCUUAGACCAGUCAGACUGAGUCAUUACCAGCAUUUCCCAGAAGCCAGCUUGCCUCAUGGUCAAUAGAACACAGUGUCAGCUCAAGAGCUGUUGUACCCCAGGAGCAGUUGGACACAUGGCCAGGCAGGAAUUUUACAUUGCCCUGGUCCAGUACUGUGUUGAAGAGAUAAAAAACCUUACUGCCCUAGAUUCCAUUCUGAAAGGAAAACCUAUCACUGGUCCUCCAUUCCCUCCUUUUUUUCCUUUCUUCCAAGUGACUUUGCAGGUAAUGAUGCCCAGGAAGGACUGAGUCUGAUCCAGGCUCCAGAGAUGGGGCUGGACAGGUUGUGCCUGUUCCAAGUGUAUUUUUUCCUGCUCAUUAACAUUUUGCUCAAUGCACUUUGUUUGGUGCCUGGGUUGUGAUUUUUCAGACAACUGUGGCUUAGCUGUUUCUUCUUUAUGGUGAGAGAAAAAACUGAAAAGUUGACAAAUCUGAUGUAGAGGGAUUAUUUAUAUGAAAUAAAAGUUGGAAUGAGGAAAAA